AUGGUGCACAUCAGCGAGGUAAAGGGAAGCUCGCGCGAAAACCGAACGGCCGCGCACACCCAUAUCAAAGGGCUAGGUUUACGUCCAGAUGGAACUGCUGAAGCGGCCGGGAAUGGGUUUGUUGGCCAGGCCCCCGCCAGAGAGGCAUGCGGCGUGAUUGUCGAUUUAAUCAAGUCCAAGAAGAUGGCCGGUAGGGCUGUUUUGCUUGCUGGAGGGCCGGGAACCGGAAAGACAGCUCUAGCGCUUGCCGUGUCGCAAGAGCUGGGAACGAAAGUCCCCUUCUGCCCAAUUGUUGCAAGCGAGAUCUUCUCAGCAGAGGUUAAGAAGACAGAAGCCUUGAUGGAAAACUUCCGUCGUGCUAUUGGACUACGAGUUCGGGAAACCAAGGAAGUGUACGAAGGUGAAGUCACAGAACUCACUCCAGAGGAGGCAGAAAACCCAUUGGGCGGGUAUGGAAGAACGAUAAGCCACUUGGUCAUUGGCCUGAAAUCAUAUAAAGGCACGAAGAAACUACGACUCGAUCCCAGCAUAUAUGAGGCCAUCCAGAAGGAACGGGUUACGGUGGGAGAUGUGAUAUACAUAGAAGCCAACACCGGAGCCUGCAAGCGUGUCGGCCGAUCCGAUGCAUAUGCAACGGAGUUCGAUUUGGAGGCCGAAGAAUACGUCCCCAUACCCAAGGGCGAGGUUCACAAGAAGAAAGAGAUCGUGCAGGAUGUGACUUUACAUGAUUUGGAUGUCGCCAAUGCCAGACCACAGGGCGGACAGGAUAUAAUGAGUAUGAUGGGUCAAUUGAUGAAGCAGAAGAAGACUGAAAUCACCGAUAAGCUACGGCAAGAGAUUAAUAAGGUUGUCAACCGAUACAUCGACCAGGGAGUUGCUGAGCUUGUUCCUGGUGUCUUGUUCAUUGACGAGGUUCAUAUGCUCGAUAUCGAAUGUUUCACCUACCUGAACCGAGCACUUGAAUCAUCCAUUUCACCCAUUGUCAUCCUAGCUUCAAACCGUGGCAAUACGGUCAUUCGCGGCACUGACGACAUAGUCGCUGCCCACGGCAUACCCUCUGACCUUCUUGCCCGACUUCUAAUCAUCCCAACCCACCCAUACAACCCCGAAGAAGUGAAGACCAUCAUCCGUCUCCGUGCCAAAACAGAGGGCCUGCAGAUCACAGAACCUGCCCUUACCAGCCUCGCAGAACAUGGCAAUAACGUCAGUCUACGUUAUGCUCUGCAGUUGUUGACUCCUGCUAGCAUACUUGCGCGUGUUAACGGAAGACCAAACGGUAUCGAAGAAGCCGAUAUCGCUGAGUGUCAAGACCUCUUCAUUGAUGCGAAGCGCAGUGCCAACAUCGUGGCUACGGAAACAAGUGCUUUCAUCUCUUAG